AACGGUUAUCUCUAAGUUGAAGUACCUUUGUCCUUAACCCUCUUAUCCGUUUUUACCAUAACCUACCCGUAUAUCAUGGUAAAAUUGUAUAUAUGUAACUGUUUUUUUUUUGUAAUCGUGGGUGUCUAGACCAGCUCGCGUGCACCUCAACUGAUCUAAUGGGGUCCUGAAGAUAACAGUGAGGAAAAUAUAGCGGUUGCCCCGAAGGUUUGACCUUUUUUUAUGUAACCGUUGCAAUUACUAACGUUUGAACAAGAAGUCAAAUGACACUUUCUCUAUUGGUUCUUCCAACAACUUGGAAUUUUGUACGAUACCGCCUAAGGUUCAAGUCGUUUUCAAGCCAUUCUGAAAUUUAUAUAUUGUUUGAAUAUGAGAGUGUGGCUUAAGCAAGGAAGCCACACUCCCAAAAGUGUUGUACAUAAUCUAUCUUUCGACAUUCUAAAAUGGUUCAGGAUUGUGGUGAGCACACGCUACCUGUAACAGGGGUCGUUAAGAAAAAAGUUAGCCGAGGGGAGCAAUUGCAGCGAGCCCAAUGGCUUCGGGCCGCCAUUUUGGGAGCUAACGAUGGAUUACUAUCCACCACGUCUCUUAUGAUGGGUGUGGGUGCUGCCCAAGAAGAUCAAUGGUUCAUGAUCCUUUCUGGUAUAGCCGGAGCCGUGGCUGGUGCUUGCAGCAUGGCGGUUGGUGAAUUUGUUUCUGUUGCAACUCAAAGAGAUAUUGAGCUAGCUGUGAAUCAAGAAUAUCUAUCGAAGGAAAACUCAAAUUUACAAGAAAUCAAGCUUGAAAUCCCGAAGAAUGAUAAAACCAUCGUUGAAACAUACAUUCCUGCAGUCCCAUCUCCUGGAAGAUCUCCGGUUUUGAAGGUGGUGCUGAUGGAUGCUCGAGAAAAGACCAAAAAAGAUGAGAAAGAAGGGCUGCCGAAUCCUUUCAAGGCUGGAGCAGCAUCUGCAUUGGCGUUCCUGUGUGGUUCUUUGUUUCCAUUGGUGUCAGCUAUGGCGGUCAAAGACUAUACUGCUAGAAUCGUUGCGGUGGCAGUGGUGACGUCGGUAGCAUUAGUUUUGUUUGGCGGGAUCGGGGCGUUUGUGGGUGGGUCUUCUGUGAGGGCCUCGGCGGCCCGGGUGCUGGUUGGAGGAUGGAUUUCCAUGGCUGUUACUUACAGUUUACUGAAGCCAUUGGAUAGUGUUACUGAUAAGAACAUGAGUAAAGAAUCUUGAUUCUGUAAAUGAAAAUAAGGUUUAGCAA